ACCCUGAGGGUGUGAGAGCCUGAGUGUGAGGGUGACUCCACAAGUGUGGGAGAGGCUGAGAGUGUGAGGGACACUGUGGUGAUAGAGUCUCUGAGUGCGAUGCUGACUGUGUGAGAGACGGGGAGAUACCGGACGCUGAGUGUGAUGCGAAGGAGAACCUGGGCUGUGAGAAACUGCAAAUGCAAGACUUUGUACCGCAGGAUCAGAGCUUCCUGGGAUGCUGCGAGAUUGUCUAGGGCCCUCCCGAGCUUGCAGGGCUGGCCUGUUGGUGCGAGGGAACCGGGUGCUCCUGCUGUGAUGGCUCUCUCUCGUGUCUUCAUGUCCUGUCACCUUGUUUGAUCAUCUCAUGUUAUAAAUGGAAGGAGAUACUUGUAAAACAUUCUGAGAAUUCUUCACUAAGCACUGAGCAAACAGUCUGGGUACCACAUUGUGUAAUGGUCAGUAUAAAUUGGAAUCAAUAUUUAACAGAUGUUUUUGAGUACCUCUUGUGUGCACUGGGCUGUGUGCUUGGUGACACAGUUCAAAAGAAUUCGGUCUCUGCCCUUGAUAGGGGGAAAAAAGCACUGCCAGCAAAUCUAGCAUCGUGGUAGCCGAAUGCUCAGCCAUCUGGUGCUUCUCUGAGAGCUGCUCUCUGAUUUGAAGAUCUGGGAGGAGCAGACUUUUUGAAAGUCUGUGAGUGCUUCCUGAGCUCAUUUUUGUCUCUCUUUGCUUGCUGUGAAGCCCUUUAGGAGGAAACUGCCCAGUCUGCCUACAUUGCUAAGGUGCCCUUGUGUACUAAUGGCUUUUGAUUCCCAACUUUGUUCUCAGACUGCCAUUCAAGUUCUUAUAUUUGAUUUCCCUCUCCUGACAAAUACGCAGAAAACCACAAAUGAUUUUUUUCUUAUCUUCCUUCUUCCCUGUCUGGCUAUGGACAUAUUUUUUUAUUGCAGACUAAAAGUAAAUACCAGUUAUGUGACUGAUCUCCUUGGCCCUUCUUGGUACAGGAAAUUUCCUGACCUCUGUCGUGCGUGUUUCCUGCUAUAGUCUCCAGGGUGUGGAUAUAUUUUUACAAAAGUGACACAAACAGGGCUUACAGGACCUGGGACUUGGGGAGCAGCAGCUGUCUAGACAUGCAUGAUUUGAGAUGACCGGGUUAGUUCUCUGACACGUGUGGGCUGGUUGCUUCAGUUACACUCCACUGUGGGUGUGACGGAACUUCUCAGUAAUUGAGUGCUGCCCCUGCCAGGCAUGUAAAACUUAAAUUUUACAAAGGGAAAUAUCAUCCUGUUGCUUAUUAGGUUCAUUUUUUGAUAAGCUGCCUCUUACUCUUUGUUGCAGAGGUUAAAUGGCCAAGACAGACAAAUGGAAUUAGGCCUUGCUGUGAAGACUUCCAUUUUCUUCUCAGUACCUGACCAUUUAUGAUGAGGCAGCUUAUGAAAGUGUGAUGUUUGCUUAUUUCCUUGCAGGCCACAGUAAACACAAGUGUGAAGGAAACAUUUGUCAUGGAAGCCAGGGAGCUGGAAAGCCCCACACCAACCUACCAUCUCAUUCCCGAGGCCAGCCAGCCCAAGGAAGAUGUCAACAUGCAACCUCAACAGACUGCAGAAACUAUGCAGCUAAAGAAGGAGAUCUCGCUGUUGAAUGGGGUCAGCCUGGUGGUGGGCAACAUGAUCGGGUCAGGAAUCUUUGUCUCACCCAAGGGCGUGCUGGUAUACACUGCCUCCUAUGGGUUGUCGCUGGUCGUAUGGGCCAUUGGUGGGCUUUUCUCCGUUGUUGGUGCCCUUUGCUAUGCGGAGCUGGGGACCACCAUCACCAAGUCUGGGGCCAGCUAUGCUUAUAUUCUAGAGGCCUUUGGGGGCUUCAUUGCCUUUAUCCGUCUGUGGGCCUCCUUGCUAAUUGUUGAGCCCACCAGUCAGGCCAUCAUUGCCAUCACCUUCGCCAACUACAUCAUCCAGCCCUCGUUCCCUACCUGUGAUCCCCCAUACCUGGCCUGCCGUCUCCUCGCUGCCGCUUGCAUAUGUCUGCUGACAUUUGUGAACUGUGCUUAUGUCAAGUGGGGCACACGUGUUCAGGACACGUUCACUUAUGCCAAGGUCCUAGCGCUCAUUGCCAUCAUUGUCAUGGGCCUCGUUAAACUGUGCCAGGGACACUCUGAGCACUUUCAGGACGCCUUUGAGGGUUCCUCCUGGGACAUGGGAGACCUCUCUCUCGCCCUCUACUCUGCCCUCUUCUCUUACUCAGGUUGGGACACCCUUAAUUUUGUAACAGAAGAAAUCAAAAACCCAGAAAGAAAUUUGCCCCUGGCCAUUGGGAUUUCUAUGCCAAUUGUGACGCUCAUCUACAUCCUGACCAAUGUGGCCUAUUACACAGUGCUGAGCAUUUCAGAUGUCCUUGACAGUGAUGCCGUGGCUGUGACAUUUGCUGACCAGACAUUUGGCAUGUUCAGCUGGACCAUUCCCAUUGCUGUUGCCCUGUCCUGCUUUGGGGGCCUCAAUGCAUCUAUCUUUGCUUCAUCAAGGUUGUUCUUCGUGGGCUCCCGUGAGGGCCACCUCCCGGAUGUUCUGUCCAUGAUCCACAUUGAGCGUUUUACACCCAUCCCUGCUUUACUGUUCAAUUGUACCAUGACACUCAUCUACCUCACUGUGGAAGAUGUUUUCCUGCUCAUCAACUACUUCAGCUUCAGCUAUUGGUUCUUUGUGGGCCUGUCUGUUGCUGGACAGCUCUAUCUUCGCUGGAAGGAGCCUGAGCGACCCCGGCCUCUCAAGCUGAGCCUGUUUUUUCCCAUCGUGUUCUGCAUAUGCUCCUUGUUCCUGGUGAUUGUGCCUCUAUACAGCGACACCAUCAAUUCCCUCAUUGGCAUCGGGAUUGCCCUCUCUGGGAUUCCUGUCUACUUCGUGGGUGUUUACUUGCCUGAGUCCCAGAGGCCAGUCCUUAUUCGAAAUGUCCUGGCUGCUGUCACCAAAGUCACCCAGCAGCUUUGCUUUUGCGUCCUGACUGAGCUUGAUGUAACUGAAGAAAAAAAAGUUGAGAGGAAAACGGACUAGAGGCCAGAGGUGAUGUCCCUUGAGGCCUGGAAGGCCAACCACAGCCACCAAAGUCCAGAUGACAAGACUGCAGGCCCACCCCUCUUAUUCUAAAGGAGUUUGGUGGCCCACAUUGUAUAAGGGGGGCUCAGAGCUGAUGGCCUGCUCUGGUGGUCACUCUCAUUGGUAAGCUACAGGAGAAGACUCAGGGUCUGAGGCAAGCAUGAAGGUGGGAACUUUACAGAGGGUGGUGGUGGGGAGGGCUUGGUCAGGGGAAUAGUUGUUUAGUUUUAUUCCUGGUGAGUAGGUACAGCUUACCAAACACUUGGCGAACUGCACUGGGGGAAGAGGGAUUGCUAGGUUAAUAGAUGUGGCUGGUGGUUCUGAAUUUGUUAUUUGAGGUUUGCAUCAGGAGCCUCUACAAAGGGGCUGCUUUAUGGGAAGGUUCCCUCUGAUCAGGUCCAAGCACUGACUCUAGAGGCCUGAAAUGCUACCAUUUCUUCCUCUGACUCAGAAUCUUUCCCUGGGAAGACAGUUGUAUUUCAUUAUUUAUUGAUAUUUAAUCCAGUACACCAAUUCUAGCAGAGCACUGGUGUUCAUUCAUCUACAGGAUGCAAUAAGCUGAUUGUGUUUAAAAACUCAAAAGUACCCCCAACCGAGUCCUUCUGCCCUUAGAGGUGUCUCUGCGUGGUGGUGUGGGUCAGCCUCUGAUCACAGAUUUUUUUUGCUUGGUUUUACGCACAAUAUUCUGUUGAGUCUUAGCUGCAGACUUUAAAGAUUUUUUUUUUUACUCAUAUAUUGGUUACACUUUAGUUAGUAGGUCACAGAUUAUAAGCACCUGGCUCAAAUCAGCAAAGACGAAUCAACAAAUUCAUGAGUCAGAAGUCUGAUAAUACUGCUAUUCUGAAAGAUAAUCCCUUAUUUUACUUGAGACCUCAGGUCCUUAUUCUAGAUGAUAGAAGGUAAAUCUCUGGUUUCUGGUAUGAACUUUAGGAGGACAUAAACUGUUUUAGAAUUCAAGUGGAUUACCUGGAUUCUCUCAGCCAUUCAAUGGCUUAGAGAACAUCUCAUGGACUCAAGCCACCAAAUAGCUUGUUUCUGUCAGGGCUGGUGUGAGGAGCUGCUGUGCAGACCCCGCCAAGCCCACCUUGGUGCUAGAAGUGGUCAUUUCCCUUUUCCGAAAACCUCACACCAGACUGCGUCCUCCUCUUCUGUCCUUGACACUGGGCUUUGUUUACACUCUGAACUGUCUUGGUGUGGAUCAUCAGGAUAGUGCAUUCCUGUCCUAUCUGCCUCCCUUUGCUGGAGGUCUGGUGGGUCUGCAGUCUCAGGAAGAGCUUGGUACUUGUGUGGACUUCUAUUUCUCCCUUCGGAGGUCAGAGAAGACUUUGGGGGACAAAGCUGCUUCAACCUCAAUCUGGCUCCUCAGCAGACUGCAUGUUUGGAAGCAACUAAUUCUGGUGCUCCAGGGUGUGCUUUAGCAUCCAGGUCAGGCCUAAUGGAUGUUCCCUCGUGGGCAGCCAUGGUUGCAGUGGACUGUACAACUGUCCAGACUUCACCCAGGAACCCUUCUGUGGGAGGGAAUCCAGAGACUCCCUACUGUCAUCCUGGGUCCAGAGGAACCUGCUAACUUGGCUAACCCCAUGCCUGGACUUCUUAUCCUUUCGUUUUAGAACUGGUCAAUGGUAAAGAUAAGAACUAUGAGGCAAUCUCCCUUUCUGAACAUUGUUUUCCAUCAAAUGGCCAGGGGAGUAACCUUGGCCAUACCUGUUCAAUAAAGACAAUUUAGGGGAGCAUGAUCACAGCUGCCUUCGGUUCAGGGCACGCAUGGAUGAGAAAAUGAGGGAACAUUCCUACUGUCACGGGUUGGGGAUUUGCACAGCAAAUUCCUUCCUGGCAAUAGGGAGUCUCUCACUUGCCUGGAGUAUGUAAACAUGACUCCUGUCUGAGCCAAGAUGGCACCUAUCCCAGGGAUCCUCUGGAGCUAAUCCUUUAAGCAGAGUGUGUUUGUCUUAAGGAUCCUUGACCCAGGUUUCAGCUUUCUCCAUUGAAGUAAAUGACCAGCUAAUCCCAGGAACUUGCUGCCCCCCAGUGGCUCCUGGGAGAAGCACGGGCCUCACACCCUAAGUGCCCCAGGACAAGCUUAGUGAGCCAUGUCAUCCUCCUCUCAUUACUGGAUGGCAACCGCAUUCUUCCCCUCUGUGCUGGAUACAGACUUCACCCAGGAACCCUUCUGUGGGAGGGAAGCCAGAGACUCCCUACAGCACUCAAGCUUCAUGGUGGAAUUAAAUUUCUGCAAGGUC